UUAAAAUGGCGGCGUUGAGCAGCGCCGAGUCUCCACCGCCCGUCUUUAACGGAGACACCGCGGAGCGGGAGCCGGGCCUGGAGGAGCUGGGCGCCGGGCUGGACGCCUCCUGUGCGCCGGGGAUCCCCGGAGGUCCGCAGGAUGAGGAGAUCUGGAAUAUCAAACAGAUGAUAAAGUUGACACAGGAACACUUAGAGGCUCUUCUGGACAAGUUUGGAGGAGAACACAAUCCUCCCUCCAUAUAUCUAGAGGCCUAUGAGGAGUACACCAGUAAGCUAGACGCCCUGCAGCAGAGGGAGCAGCAGCUGUUGGAGGCCAUGGGGAACGGCACAGACUUCUCCUGCUCUCCCACAACCACGCCAGCCCUUCUGGAGGUCAAGAUGGGGAGCUGUGGGGCUGGAGGCGGGGCUCAGGCCUUUCCUUCGGCCCCCAACACAUUGGAUUGCCUGCAGACCCCCACCGACGCCAGCCGAGCCAACCCUCGCUCCCCGCAGAAACCCAUCGUGAGGGUCUUCCUGCCCAACAAACAGAGAACAGUGGUCCCAGCCCGCUGUGGGAUGACCGUGAGAGACUCGUUGAAGAAAGCUCUGAUGAUGCGAGGCCUCAUCCCUGAGUGCUGUGCCGUGUACAGGAUGCAGGACGGAGAGAAGAAGCCUCUUGGCUGGGACACAGACAUAUCCUGGCUGACAGGGGAGGAGUUACAUGUAGAAGUGUUAGAGAAUGUGCCGCUCACCACACACAACUUUGUGAGGAAGACCUUCUUCACACUGGCCUUCUGUGACUUCUGCAGAAAGCUGCUCUUCCAGGGUUUCCGCUGUCAGACCUGCGGUUACAAGUUCCACCAGCGCUGCAGCACUGAGGUUCCACUCAUGUGCGUCAACUACGACCAGCUAGACUUAUUGUUAGUGUCCAAGUUCUUUGAGCAUCACCCGUUCACCCAGGAGGAGGGGUGCUCGGAGGGAACCACCCCCGUGUCUGAGGCCUGUCCGUCACUUCCCCCGUCCGACUCCAUGGGGUCUAUAUGCCACGCCAGUGUAUCACCGUCCAGGUCCAUACCCAUCCCACCCAGUUUCCGUCCCAACGAGGAGGACCACCGUAACCAGUUUGGCCAGCGGGACCGUUCGUCCUCGGCCCCAAAUGUCCAUAUUAACACCAUCGAGCCUGUCAACAUAGAUGACCUGAUUCGAGAUCAGAGCCUACCACGAUCAGAUGGAGCCCCCCCGACCCACCCCGCCCGCUGCUUGAGGAAGCACCGAACACGGACCUCAAGCCCCCUCCUAUACUCCUACCCCAAUGACAUAGUGUUUGAUUUUGAGCCUGAGCCUGUUUACCGAGGCUCCACCGCAGGGCUGUCGGCCACGCCACCCGCCUCUCUUCCCGGCUCCCUGUCCAGCGUCAAGGUUCCACAGAAGUCGCCGUGUCAGCAGAGGGAGCGCAAGUCGUCGUCCUCGUCUGAGGACCGCAAUAAGAUGAAAACCCUGGGGAGAAGGGACUCCAGCGAUGACUGGGAGAUCUCAGAGGGUCAGAUCACUCUGGGCCAGAGGAUAGGCUCUGGAUCGUUUGGAACUGUCUACAAGGGAAAGUGGCACGGUGACGUGGCGGUGAAGAUGUUGAACGUCACCGCGCCCACGCCACAGCAGCUCCAGGCCUUCAAGAACGAAGUGGGAGUCCUCAGGAAAACGCGUCAUGUGAACAUCCUGCUGUUCAUGGGCUACACCACCAAGCCUCAGCUGGCCAUCGUGACCCAGUGGUGCGAAGGCUCCAGUCUGUACCACCACCUACACAUCAUCGAGACCAAGUUUGAGAUGAUCAAGCUGAUAGACAUCGCCCGGCAGACUGCUCAGGGCAUGGACUACCUGCAUGCAAAAUCAAUCAUCCACAGAGAUUUGAAGAGCAACAAUAUUUUCCUCCAUGAGGAUCUGACGGUGAAGAUCGGUGACUUCGGCCUGGCUACAGUCAAGUCCCGCUGGAGUGGCUCCCACCAGUUUGAGCAGCUGUCUGGAUCUAUUCUGUGGAUGGCUCCAGAGGUGAUCCGGCUGCAGGACAAGAAUCCCUACAGCUUCCAAUCAGACGUCUACGCCUUCGGCAUCGUGCUGUACGAACUCAUGUCCGGAGUGCUGCCCUACUCCAACAUCAACAACCGAGACCAGAUCAUAUUCAUGGUUGGUCGAGGUUACUUGGCUCCCGACCUCAGCAAAGUGCGCAGCAACUGUCCAAAGGCCAUGAAGAGGCUGAUGGCCGACUGUCUGAAGAAGAAGAGGGAGGAGCGACCUCUCUUCCCUCAGAUCCUGGCGUCUAUAGAGCUGCUGGCUCGCUCGUUACCCAAAAUCCACCGCAGCGCCUCGGAGCCUUCGUUAAACCGAGCCGGCUUCCAGACGGAGGACUUCAGCUUGUACGCCUGCGCCUCCCCCAAAACCCCCAUCCAGGCCUGUGGCUAUGGGGAGUUUUCAGCAUUUAAGUAAGUGCUGCAGAUCCCACCACUCCAUCCCUCGUCACCUCUCAAAAGUCUCGUGUCUCUGCGGUGAAUUCAUUACUGGGGGAAAAAAUCAAAAUUUGUCUCAAAGAACCUGAAGACGGCAACCAAAAGCUGUCCUGCAGUCAAACAGCCACUGCGACAGACAAAACUGAAUUAGGAAAAAAACAAAAAAGGAGCAAACAAAGCUGACACAAAACUAAAAACAACAUCCACAUCAAAACCUUUUUCCCCACCUGCCGGAGGGAAAAGAUGAAGGCGACGAUGAAGGGGAGAUGGCGGAGGGGACGUCAGGGAGAAGUCGAGGCUGUGGACGCCGCUCGUCUCGUCGUUUCCAGUGCGAACGAGGAGGGGGGCUGGGGUUUUUUUUCAGCCGGGCCACCACAAACCUGCACUUGGAGUGACGGCAGUGAACGGGGCCUGUGGAAGGAGACGCAGCGCUCCCGUCAGACGGGCCACGUGUCACUGGGCAGGGGGGUUAACCCUGCCACCCCCUAACCUGAAGAGCGAUGACUUGAAAGAUAGAUCUCUCUUUUGACUUUUUCAGUUGUUUCUCCUGUUUCAGAGUUAAGCUAGCACUGGCUAGGAAUGAUGACCCUUUUCUGUCUUUUGUUUCUAUAGGAGAUGGUAGCAGUGCGACAUGCAGCACUGGCCCUUUUUUUUUUGUCCUUUUGGGCUGAAUGCUUACCAAAUUCUGCAAAAUACUGAGUUUUGCCUUCUUGUUUGCCUCCAACACCAGUCAACACCAGUGAUGAAACGGCCGCAGCUCUUUAUCUCUCUGGAAUAGAUUGUGCAUGAUAAAGCAGGAGAAGCAGAUUUGCAGGAGUCUCUGGCACAGUACCUGCUCUUUGGGCGGAAAAAUGCAAAUUUAUUUGGCAAUUCAUGGAAACAACGCGAGAAGGAUUUCGUAGUCCAUCUACAAAGAACCCGGUCGGAGAUUGACUCAUUUAGAUUGGUCUCGAUUCGCAAGAUCUCUCGAUGUUGGAUAACUCGACGGAGACGCUCUACCUUUUCAAAUGAUCUCAUUGGAAGGGGUUAUUUGUGCGGCUUUCAUUUGGAAACUCCGUAGCCGCGCGUGAAGGGAGAAAAGAUGCAGGCUUGAUAGAUAAUGGAAGCUAAACUAAGGUUUGUUUUUUAAAGAGCCUAGUCUAAGCCAAGCUGCUGCCUGGGGUUUAUACUGAGCUAAAGAGUGUGUACAGUAAGUUGUUACACAGCGUCUUCGUAACUAAAGCUUUUCAUUCGCUUCUGACGCUUUUCCACAGAACCCAAACUCUACUUUUUUUUUGUGACACCAAGUGCAUGUCUUUCUUCUUUCUUUUUUUUUUUUUUUUUUUUUUUUUUUUUGAAAUCACGUGGCUUUAAUAUUGCACUCUGCUUAAGACGGGGACCUUUACUUGUUGCCGCUGCUAACCAAUGAGCCGCAGCGUGAUCUGCUGAAGGGACACGUGGUCUUCUGGCAGGUUCUGUUAGUCUUGAAAAAAAAAAGAAGUUCUGAAACGUCCUUUCAGUCACACCUUUCUAACCUUUUUCUACACACAUGCACCUGUACUCUUUUCAUGCCAGCGUGUGUUGUAGGUGUUACACAUUCUUUUCUUUUUUUUUCUCGUUUUUUCAUUAUUGUCAUUAUUUGCCUUUUUCUGUACAGGCAGGCCUGCAGAUAUUUACUUAUUUAUGUGAAUCUUUUUUUUUUUGUUGGUUUAACUGAUUUAAUUUUCAGAACCGCUUUAUUUUACGCUCUGUCUUUCUUUAGACGCUUGUUUUGGUCUUUGUGACUCGUGUACUUGCACUUUGUAGAGAUGAGACGGAUUCGAAGCGAACGAGCGACUUGCCUUGACUUUUUUUUUUAUUGAAGAAUAAAUUGUGACAUACAGAGCUGAUGACCUAAAAAUCCACCUAAUGCAUGAGUCAUCUGCCGAGGCCCGAGUGUGAAUAUUUUUUGCAGAGAAUGACUCUUUGAUAGAGCCUCCACGAGCCGAGAAUGUCACCACGAGCCGAGUAUGUCACCACGUGUGAUGGGGAGCGGAGAAAAUGAGGCUGCCCGGCUUGAUGAAUGGAUGUUUGGAGGUAGAGCACACGAGUUGAAGCGUCCAUCCAUCCGAAUACGACAAACUGGUUCUUCACAUUCAUCAUGGAUCAUGCCUUUCCAUCAUAAACGCCAUGAACUUAACCCCCACUCCCACCCCCCUAAUCCGCUUCACGGAACUGUCCGGCCUGUGAAGAGAUACACUUACUUCUCAUCUCACCCACAAGUCCCUUAGCACAAAGACUGGAAGCAGAGGGGGGGGGGGGGGGGGGCGGAACUGCUACCCCCGACCCAGGACAGUCUUACAGCUUACCCCGGUCCUGGAUCAUAGACCUCCUGGAAUUUUGACCGUUUUUCGUCACAGGGCAGCUCAUGAAAUGUGUCACACUUUGCAUAUUGAACAUGCAAGUGUGGUUAAAACUUAAAGGGUAACCAAACCCAAAUCUUAGUGAAGCCUGGCAUCUACUGAUGAAAGCACGGUACUUAAUUCCCACCGGCUAUUUGUCUGGUAAUCAUUCUGAACAUUAUUCCGUCGUUGUCUCAGCAGUGUCAGCCACGUUGCCGGGUCACAUGAUGCUUUGGUUCAGGUCUUGUAAACAGCUUGUGCCCUCAAAACGCUUCAAUUAUUGAGCACAAGUCGUUGUGGGUUGGGUAUUGAAAGACCAGCUCGAGUAAUGUGCUUUCACCAUGAGGCUUUAAGCUCAAAGUCGGUUUGGUUUGCACUCAUCUCUAGUCUGUAAAUUCCAAAGACAUAGAAACAGUAUUGGUCUCUUAAAAGUUACAUAUCUUUCGGUAUGAGGGACGAUCAUAUCCAUCCUUAGCUUCACUAAGCAUCAGAAGAAAAACCAUCGGGUUCAGGUUGUGAAGGAGACUUUGAGUCAUUAGAGAGACAACGAUGGCAUGGUCAGGAAAGGCUACAGGUUUGGAGAUAAAGAUACAAAAAAUUGGAAGGUGGAAGUGGAAGAUAAGGUAAUUGGUUAAGGGUUCUUUAAUCAUUACAUUCUACUAACUGGCUCAGAAACCUUAUUUAAUCCUCUCCUCUGCCUCAGAGCUAUAAUUAUGGUUUUAUAUAUAUAUAUAUAUAUAUAUAUAUUUUUUUUUUUUUUUGAAGUCCGGGCUUUGAUGCAGGCCUUGGUCAUUACAGCUCAAGGAUACACAUCUCCAAGCACUGGACCACAAAGUCACUAACACGUUCACAUAAAGGACAGUUCAGAGUCCGUGGACUGUGGCAGGAAUCUGCAGGGAACAUGCACAGUUUACAGAGGAAGCCCCUGUCAGCCACUACUCGCUGAAUCUGACCUUAUUCUCACAAGAGUUUAACUUCUUAAGAAAGUUACACAAACAUUUUGUCACAUCUCAAUAAAGUUCCAAUUAAGGCUGGAAAGCAAGUAAACUCUGUCCGGGCUAACCCUAACCCUAACCAAAACUGUCUGGUCUCUGCUCUAAGUCCUCUCACAUGCUGGUCUCGGAGCUGUUGACUCUAUCUCAUGGUUUUCUUCAGCACGUCGAGCUGACACAGGUGAAAAAAUGCAGAUGUUCAAACUUUGAUUGAUGAUUUUGUUCAUGUCGGGGGGGGGGGGGGCAUUCUUGACAUUGGAAAGAACCUCCGCUCCACGUUUACUUACUGGCUUGUUGUAACAAAUGUAGGUGAAUGUUAAAGCCCACACAUUGGAAUCAAUUAAACCUCCAAACACCUGAUCUGGUCCAGAACCAGUGAGUAAGUGGACUUGUUUGGUAAACUUCGGUUUACUAGGUCAACAAUGAACUGGCGGCCUCACUGGAAAAUAUCACGUGGUGUCAGUCCUCUUCCACAGGCAUCGGUGUGGUCCUUCAAAAACUAGCAGAUAGGAGUAAUCUAGGAUUUUACAUUUUCACAUUCUUCAUUGUUACAGGACAUGAGGAAGAAGACAGCAACGUCUUUAAGAAUGCUGUAUUUAUUAUCACGUUUACUGAUGUCCGUCUAUAAACCGGAGUUUACAGGACUGACUCUCUCCUCCGCCGCCCUCCUCCUUAUCUCACUCUCUCACUCUCUUCUCCGCCACGUAAUGCACAGCCUUGCUCUCUCUUCAUUCCCCCCUUUUUGUUCUUCAGACACAUUCCCCUCCUCCCUCCUCCUUGCCUGCACCUUAUACCCAACAACUGAGAACUAUCAUGGAAAAAAAAACUAACUUUGUGGAGAAUUUUUUUUUUGGGGUUACGUUUUUGUUUCACCUGUAAAUAGUUGUACAAAGGAAAUACUGUCAGUUUGCUAGGAGGCAUGGAGACCACAAAUGUAACAAAUGAUAAGCUGUUGAAAAGGAAGAGACAAGGAUUAAAAGAUGUUUUGAUAGGCAGACUUCUGAGAAAACCAGUUGAGUGUAAAAACUAUUUAAGGCUGUAUCAUAAGAAGAAAAAGCUUAAUGUAUUUGUUGUGAAUAUGAAAAACUGAUAUAUUAAAGAAGUGCAUGAAAACUG